CAGCUGUACAGAUUAUUUUUCAGAAACACAAGCAGUAUCUUGCAGAAAAGAUGACAUUUAUUGUCUUGUUUUUCUUCUGUGUGCUGAUGAACAUGCUAACAGAUGCCCGAUCAAUCCAGGAUGGAGAUGAUCUCUACCAGGAAUCUGUAGCCUUGCCAUACUGGCCCUUCUCAUCCAACGAUUUCUGGUCCUAUGUGGAGUAUUUCCGGACCGUGGGAGCCUACGACAGGAUCGAUGAAAUGGCCAGAGCCUUCUUUGCCCAGUUUCCUUUUGGGAGUCACCUUGGCUAUCAUGUGCCCAACCACAAGCACUAACUGCUUUGCUCGUUUUUUGCUUAAACUGGUGCCAAGAUAUGUAAGUGAAUACAUGGCUGCCAGCGACCGCACCUGAACUGCCCCUCAGCUACUUAUUAAUACUCAUAGCAGUCAUGCAUAGAGUUUCAUGCUUUACAUUAGUCUUGUCAAUUUAUGCUUUUGUGCGAAAUCAAUAAACUCCUUGAUUCUGUU